GAGCCGCAGGCAGGCUCCGCGCAAGCGCACUGGCCACCCAUGGCUAAGCCUGGGGAACCGGCUCGUCAGGCUCUUCCUGCGUGGACGGGGGCGGGAAGCGAUUCUGUCCCUACGACUCAGUGUUUAGGUCUCUCGAGAUGGUGGUGGCGAAGUCGGAGGCCCGUAGGGACCCCACUGCAUACUUCCGUGCAGCCAGACCCUGGCCCUCGCUGAUCACCGCCCUGGGGCUGGGCUACUACGCGUGGGUUGUCUUCUGGCCUCAGAGUGUCCCUUACCAGAGCCUCGGGCCCCUGGGCUCCUUCACAAAGUACUUGGUGGAUCACUAUCACACCUUCCUAAGGACUGGGUAUUGGCUUUCUUGUCUAAUUCAUGUGGGAGAGUCCCUAUAUGCCUUGGUAUUAUGCAAGCGUAAAGGAAUCACAGACGGCCAGGCUAGGCUCCUCUGGUUCCUACAGACUUUUCUGUUAGGUUUAGCCUCUCUCUCCAUCCUGCUUGCUUACAGACCAAAGCACCAAAAACACAAUUAAAGGAGUUUCCUCUCCACUUCUCCAAGCCCUCCUUUCAGUGGGUCCUAGUUUCCAUGAUGACCUCUCUGUCUUCUAGGCAGCGUCUGUCGUAGAAACCUGUCUGAGACCCUCUAGUUACUUUUUGGUUUCUGUUUUGUUUUGUUUGGUUUGGUUUGGUUUUUUUGGUUUUUUUUUUUUUUUUUUUUUUUUUUUUUUUUUUUUUUGGUGCUCUGACCAACCUUGGUUAGACCUAUUGUUGUUUAAGAAAGAAAUAAGAAAGACCCUGCCCUUCCAGUUCUACAGCCCUCCUGCCUGAAGAAGGCCUUGGACCACUUUCCUUUUGGCUGAGACACACAAACUAGAUUUGUCUGUGGGUCCACCUUUGCUCUGUGUGGUGGUUUGAAUAUGCUUGGUCCUAGGGAAGAGGCACUAUAGGAGGUGUGGCUUUAUUAGAGGAGGAGGUGUGGCCUUGUCAGAGGAAGUG